AUGGCGAGGACCGGGGCCUCAGAAGCGGCACUGCGCGUUCCCGCAUUAAUGGACACCUCACUGCGAUGCGCCAAGCAUGUCUACCUAUACUCAGACCUCGACCAAGAUGUCGGACCCUACCAUGUUACGGACGCGUUGGAUAACGUUGCGCAGGAUGUGGUGGACAAUAAUUCCGAAUUCGAGUUCUAUCACAAACAAUUAGAGUUAUGGAAGAACAAGGGGGAUCUUUCGGAGCUGGAAGGCUUGAAAAGUACACCGAAGGACCCAGUUCUGGCGGAGUGGACAUCAUCGCAUUACAAUACAGAUCUUGCCGCGUGGCAGCUGGACAAAUAUAAGUUUUUCCAUGUGUUGGAGAAGACGUGGGCGGCGAAGCCGGAUAUGGACUGGUAUUUGAUGAUCGACUCGGACACCUACGUUGUAUGGCCAACUCUGCUCGGCUACUUGGAAACUCUCGAUCCGAUGCAGAAAUUGUAUAUUGGUUGUGGAUUAUGGAUGGAUGAACACUGGUUUGCGCAUGGAGGUGCUGGGAUUGUGCUGUCGAGAGCUGCGAUGGAAACGCUCAUCAAUAAUAACACCGCUGCGCGCUGGGAUCCCAAGAUGGAAAAAUACUGCUGUGGUGAUUUUGUGCUCGCAGUUGCGUUGAAAGAAGAUUACGGAGUGGAGUUGCAACAAGCUUUUCCCAUGUUUUCUCAGGAGAGGUGGUCAACAGUGCCUUUGGGGAAUGAGAAUUUCUGGUGUCGCCCAGCGAUAACAUUCCAUCAUCUUAAUCCCGCAGAGAUGAAAGAAAUUGCUGGUUUCGAGGAUAACCGGUUGAACAUGAGCAAAUCGGAGCCUUGGACCCACGCAGAUAUUUUCAGGGACUUCACCAUGAAGUCAAUGCCAGAUGGAUCCUAUCGCGCAAACUGGGACGGCACUUUCGCGAGUGAUCGGUAUGAAUUUGAUAAGUACCAGGGAUUGUCUCUGGAACCGAAAUCAUUUCAGGAUUGUAUCGAAGCUUGUGAGGCCGACGAGAAUUGUCUCCAAUAUACGCACCACGAUGAGACUUGUUACAUUGGAACGGUCAUUCGACUUGGUUUCAAGAAAGAGGAGGAUAAAGGAGGAAUUUGGCAGAGUGGAUGGCACAAAACCAGAAUCAACGAUUGGGCUUCGGUGCAACCCCAAUGCGAUGAGGUCACAUUUUGA